AUGGAUGAUGCAAGGAUCAUAUCUUCAGAGGUGUCCUUAACCUUGGGCCUCCCUCCUAGUUGCAUUCAGUUUUGCCCUGCGCAUCCAAACUUGUUGGUAGUGGGAACGUACAACCUCGAAAAAAGUGAAGAUGAUGUUCAGGAGGGUAACAAAGAAGCCGACGACGACGAGCGCGUAACUGCGACCAAGACACCACAGAGCCGUAAUGGCAGUUUGCUGGUUUUCAAGGUCGAUGGUGCUAAGCUCCAUCUAGUUCAGACUGUUUCACAACCGUCAGCAAUUUUGGAUCUUCGCUUUCACCCAUCCAAAGACAAACAAGAUAUCCUGGCAGUGGCAUCUAGUACUGGGACGCUAGCCGUGUUCAAGCUGGACCCUGCACAGAACUCUUCAGCACCCCUACAGCACAUCUCAACAAGUCGAUGUGAAGACAUUGGAGAGGAUAUUUUGUUCCUGCAAUGCAACUGGCACCCUGAGAUUCCCAGUAUAAUUGGUGUAACAACAUCGACGAGCUCUGCGCGACUCCUGCACUUGGACGAGGGGUACUGUAUCAAAGACUACACAAAGCUGAACAUUGCCAAUUCUCUCGAGGCUUGGUGCAUUGCCUUCUCUUCAGGAGCACCUGCUUCAACCGACGAAAAGAUACAAGUUACAGCUUAUUGCGGCGGAGAUGACUCAUUGCUCCGCUAUACAUCCUGUGUCUGGGAUCCCAGUGACUCUGAUUCGCCUUGUGAAGAGCCCUAUUCGCCUAUCACUAUCAAAGGAACACACAACGCAGGAGUCACAGCAAUUCUUCCACUCUCAUUAUUCACCAAGAACAAUGGAAGAGUUAUUGUGACAGGCAGUUACGACGAUCAUCUUCGUGUUUUCAUUAUACACGACCUGCACGAGACGUAUGGCAUGAAAAAGGUCGAGCUCGUCCUUGAAGAGAACAUGGGAGGAGGCGUUUGGCGUUUGGAUCUCGUCAAGACUCAAAAAGAUACAGACUCAACUAAGAUCAGAAUCCUCGCUUCAUGCAUGCACGCCGGUGCUAGGUUUAUCGAACUAGAGGUUAAGCAAGAACAAGACUGGUCUUGCCAGGUUCUGGCGAGAUUUGAAGAGCACAAGAGCAUGAACUAUGGAACCCAACACUUUACUUACCUCUACUACUAUACAACCGUUUGCUCGCCCCUGGGAGCACAAAAGACGAAAUUAACAGCCCAAAGCUUUGUUCCUCUUAUCAAACUACAUAUUAAAAUCACAAUCUUCCAAACUAUUGUUCCUGGUCGAGACAUGGAAGCCAACGGCAGCCUGAUGUCGUCUGGCGGUGACUCGGACGUCGUUGCCAGAAUGCAGCAGGCGCUCGAGAUCGUUCAUAACCCAUACGCGACCAGCGGCGACCGUAGGACAGCCCAAGAUUAUUUGGAGGAAGUAAAGGAUCACAAUGAAGCGCCGAUGCAAGGCUUCAACCUCGCUUCCGACAAGUCGCAAUCCCCCGUCGUCCGACACUACGCUCUCUCUUUGCUCGAACAUGCGAUCCGAUACCGGUGGUCCACCUACACCACAGAACAGACAGAAGCUGUGCGGCAAUGGGUCUUGAGUCUCGGGCAGACUGUCGCGAAAGAAGACCCGGCUUAUAUACGGAACAAGACAGCUCAACUCUGGGUUGAGGUUGCCAAGAGAUGCUGGGGUGCAGAAUGGAUGGAUAUGGACUCUAUGCUGUAUCAGUUGUGGGAGGUUCCUGACUCAGCUGUUCACAAGGAGCUUGUCAUGUUUAUCCUCGAGAACCUCUCCGACGAGGUCUUCACCGGAGACGACUCGGUCGUGGCCAUGCGGGAAGGUGUUCUUAGCAAGGCGUGCGUUGAGAUCUUCACUCCUACCUCAGUGCUGGUCGAGGCCUUUCCCAAUCGACAACCCGGUCCGCCUGUGCGGUAUGGCGAUGACGGUUGGCUGAGCCGGCUGUCCCAAUUCUUGGGCUACUGCUUGAACUCGGCGCACAGCGAUAACGAUGAAGUCAAGCUAUGCAUACACAAGGGCCUGUCCGUGUUCCUCUCGCUCAUGCCAUGGGCAAUCCCGAAAGCAGUCUCUUCUGCACGCUGUGUCGAAGUUUUGUGCGUUGGUCUUGCCUCGUCGCAUGCCUCCAUCCAAAAGGCUGCGCUGGAAGCUCUCCAUGCUCUCUAUUGCAGAACCAAUUUCAAUGAUGAGGAGUUCCGGGAGCUAGUAGCCCCAAUGUACAGUCACGAAUCAAUUAACCUGUGCAGGCGACUCUUCGAAUGGUCUGCUGUGGAUCCCGAGGACGUUGACGAGGACAAGUAUCAGACACUCAAAAAGUUGUCAGAGAUGCUCUCAUGCUUGGGCGAUUAUUUUGACAGGAAAUACGCUAAGCUACCUGCUGAAGCCGCCAAAGACGAGUUCCUAGGACUUUUGGUCCAAAUCGUGCAACAUCAGAGCUUAAUGGUAUCGAUUCCGGUCCUCGUCACCUGGACGCGACUACUCAGCAACCGUCUGAUCGGCCCUGGCGAGCAUGUCUCUCCUUUCAUCCCGCCCCUUCUAGAGACAUGUAGUUCAAGACUGGUCCGAUACGAGAAUCUACCAGAGGAUACUCAGGAUCCUACUUUCCUGUAUCUGAUGGAAGACACAGACACAAUUCCCGAGCGCCAUGCUUUCUUGGGCAAUUACCGCCGGUAUAGCUCCCAGAUCAUUGAAGCCGUUGUCCAGCUAAAGCUGGUUGACGCAAUCCCGCACAUUCUCAACCGUACCGAAGAAUUACUACAACACCUCUACGAUGGCCAGCCUUCCCUGGAUAAGCAAAACUAUUUCAAACAUUCCAUGCCGGUCCUACGCGUCGAUGCGCAAUUCACUGUUAUUGAAGCCACACUCAAGGGAUAUACCAAGUGGCGCAAACACCGCCCACAGGAGCAUCAGCAACAUGGGCCAGAAAUGGAGGCGAAUUUGGAGACGUGGUGUAAUAAGAUACUCGAAAUGAUAUUCGAAGACCCAAUGAUCAGGAAGCGAACUUUGCAGCUUCUUGUCUAUUUCUCCACAACUGCUCUGAACAAGAAUGCUACCUUCAUGCUCAAGGUUUUGGAACACAUUCUGCUGACAUGGCCGGCACUUGAGCCCGAGUACCGUGCUUUCAACGAUGCCAUUAAGGACCUGCAGGGUGAAAGUAUGGUUGAGCUGCAGCGACUGGCUUCAGAGAUGCCAGACCAUCUCUUGGGUGUAUAUGACCAAAUCGAAAACAAGGUGAAUGAAAUGAUGUCAUCUGGAUCGCUCGACGAGAAGCGUUCUAUUGCCUAUCGUAGUUUCCUAUUCAUUAUCAUGCAAGUCCUUUUCUCCCCAAUGACUAAGCAAUUCGCUAACCUACUGCUUCGUGAAUUUAUUGACCCCGUAAAGGCGCAAUGGCAGGAUGAGAACGUUCGAAACUCUUUGAAGUCAUACGGCAGCUUUUGCGAGCUUUUGGGGCUGGACAAGGCCCAAGCCUACAUGGCCAACCACCGAGCUCAUGAGAUUCAUGAUUGGGGCACCCGUGAGCUUGAUGCUGAAGGACUCGCUCUUCAAAGCGAGCUCGAAGAACGCCUUAAACUUCUCCCACUUCGAUCAACCAAGAGUUUCCUGGCGUUUUCAGUUGAGAGACUUGACAAGAACUCGGAUGCGUUCAAGGCCUCGUAUGCGCUAUGGGAAGACGGCUUCUCCAACAUCCUAGCUGAUCUGCUCGAAUUCCUGAGCUUUGCACAUGCAUGCCACAACCCUGACAACUGGGCUGGUUUACCCAGCGAGAUGCGAUCAACAGUCAACAGAAUUCUCAGUGAUCGAUUUUGGCAAGCUGGGAUUUCAGAGGGUAGCAAGGAUGACUUUUACGCACGUGUCAUGGACAAGAAGAACACGAUGGAGGGCCUUGCAUCAACUAUUCGCGGAUCGGUGCGUUUUGUCAGGGAAACCGCGUACGCAAUCAUUUAUUGCAUGAGCCGCUUGGAACGCCAGUUUUAUGGCUUCCAGGGACUCUCUGCACCCCUUUCCAAGGCUCUCUUUGCAGAUUCAGUCUGGUUGUCCACGCACCAGCAAAGCAACUUGCUGAAUUUGGUCAGGUACUUGGUUGAUGACUGUCCUGUUGAUUGCCGAGAGCACUUCCUCCCACAAGUACUCGCCGCAUGCUUUCAGCAGAUGGAUGCCAAAAUCAACGGUGAAUGGGACAAGAUGGAACGUCAACAGCAAGUGGCUGCAGAUGGUGAAGCGGGUCUGAAAGAGGAGAUGAAGGCCGAAAGUAUCCUACGACAAGUUACUUACACCGCAGUGUUAAUGGUGGCCGACUUUCUUGACCCAACAAAACUUAACGGACCGAUCGAGGAGGGUACUUCAGACUCCGACCAAGCAAAGAACUAUCCAACCCUUCGCAGGUUCUGUCUCAUCCACCAUGAGGUCGUAGAGCCACUGCUUGUUUUCUGCGCUCAUGGAAUUCGAAUGCGGGACACUAGAUGUUGUAGUAUGAUCUUACGGUUGUUCGUGUCGCUGGUUCCUGAGUUUCAUCUCGUGGAUGGGCAAUUGCCCAAGUCAGUGGCACAAAGCCCAAUGGAAGCACAUCUUGCGUCGGACAAGUUUCCUGUUCCCUCUUCAAUCUCGUCGGCUAUUCGGGAAUACAUCUCGCUUGAUGUGCUGAAGGCUUGUAUAACGUCGUUUCAUGAGCCUUACUUUGUGGAACUCCAAAAGGACUUGGCUGCCUUGAUUGCGGCUAUUGUUGUCUACUACAGCCCCAUCACAUCGACUCCUAGCGAUGUGUUGCUCUCAUUGCCCAAUGUGAGCGAGUCAAGUCUUGAGCGUUUAUCAACGUAUAUGGCCAAGCCCGGUGCUCACACUCGCCAGCAGCGAGCCCUUGUGUUGGAUCUUUUGAAAGAUCUAAAGGGUGUCAGCGUAUCAGAGAUGGGAAAGCUUCCGAAGAGCAGUGCAUUUGAGGGCUCGAGGGGCAAGAGAAACAACAGAAGCAAGAUGGCGCAGCAGUUCAUGAACGAUCCUCAAGGGCAAAAUGCGACGCGAGCAGGUAUGAACGUGGGUCGUCAGUCGACACCAGAUGGGCUAGAGGGAGUCUCCAACCUAUUCGAGGGGUAA